AUGGCUUCUAUACUAGCAGCCGCCCGCGUCUACGCGACGCGAUUCAUUAAUCGCUUACUGAGGAAGCAGUGGUCCUUCAUCGUCGUUGGAGCUUCAGGGUCUGGCAAGACGGGUCUUAUUGAAGUUUUGACGAAAGAUGACCCAAACAUGACAUAUUUUGCCACGACAGAGCCACAAUACCACGACAUACCGGGCGAGAACUACUCGGUGACCGAGAUUCCAGGCAGUACUUGUCUUAGUCCGGGUAUCUCCCGGAUUCUCCUUUCGAAAUUCGAUCUAAUCAUCUGCGUCUUUCACGAAACCAAGCCAGAGACGAUCGACUACUACAGAACCCUGUGGAAGGGUAGUCCGCCAGCGCCAGUCGUCUUCGUCGGCAACAACGUCCCGGGGGCCAGCGCUGAUGGUAGCAGACAGGAUUAA